UCCUCAGAGGACAGAGCAGAGAGCCCAGGUAAAACCCUUCCCUUCCGUGGCUGGCUUGACGGGCGGCGGCGGCGGCGAUGCGGUUCACGGCGUCUCCGGUGGUGGAGCUGCCGGUGGGCGGCGCGGUGCUGAGCUUCGAGCAGGACAACGACUCCUUCGAGGUGGGCACCUCGGUCUGGAACUCCUCCCUGGUCCUCGUCAAGUUCGCCGAGCGCUGCCUCGGCGACGCGGCUCUGCCCUUCGCCGACGCGCUCCGCUUCGCGGGUGCCCGCGCCAUAGAGCUCGGCGCCGGGUGCGGGCCCGCCGGCAUGGGGCUCUCCCGCCUCGGCCUCGCCGACCUCGUGCUCACCGACACCGCCGCCGUCCUCCCGGCGCUCCGCCGGAACCUCCGCCGCAACCGCCGCCACCUCCCGCGCGCGCCCCGCCUCGCGCAGCUCCACUGGAACUGCCCCGCGCACCUCGCCCAGCUCGCCGCCCCGCGCCGCUACGACCUCGUCGUCGCCGCCGACGUCGUCUACGUCCAGGAGUCCGUGCCCCACCUCGUCGCCGCCAUGGACGCGCUCGCCGACGCCGAGCGCGGCGUGGUGCUCCUCGGGUACCAGAUCCGGUCCCCCGAGGCGCACCAGGCGUUCUGGGACGCCGUUCCGGCCGCCUUCCCCGUGAUCGAGAAGGUGUCCCGGGAGCACCUCGACCCGGAGUACGCCUUCGAGGAGUCCGAUGUGUUCAUACUCCGCAGGAGGCCGCGGCAGUGAGAUUUAUUCUUGUUGCCAAACAUUUGCUCGUCAUUUACAUAGCAGGGUGACUGGAUUCAAGGGAGUGAAUUGUCCAUCAUGGAUGUGUCGUUGAAGCCUGGAACAAACCAUGAUGCCGUGGGACUUGCACGUAGGCAUGUGUCCAGCCUGAAGUAUGCCUCUUGCCUGGGUUAUGUCUCGGGGAGCUGUACCACGAAGAGGCCUCAGAUGAUUAAACAGUUUAUGCUCUGCUCAUAUUUGUCGCAUUUUGUAGGGAGUAUGGUCAGCCUUAUGUUGAUCUUUUGGGAACUUUAUUUAGAUCUCUCUAGGAGUAAGACCUGAGCAUGGACAGACCGACUUAUUGAAAGCAAUCAGGUGUAGCUUGGGCUCCAGUUCUCCACCCAAAACCCGGUCCAAAAGGCCAAAACUUGUGAAAUGUUUUAUUGAUCGGAUAUAAAGUCUUGUAGAUACAAGAUAUACUCCCUCCAUUUCCACAUGAAUUCGCAUAUUAGGUCUCACAUCAGAAACAUGAUGUUCUUUGUCUGGGCACCUCUGGUCUUAUUUCAUCCGGCACCUCUGGGUAUUUGGAUUCUUCAAAGGUAGUAUUAGUUAUUAUAGCAGCUGUAUAUGAACAUAUACAGCUGUGGUGUCUAUGAUGUUUAAAGGCAAUAAGUUAUGGUGGAAUGGAAAUUGUAUGAUAAGUGCAGUAAGUAUAGCAGGUGUAUGUGUCGUUCAUGCUAUGAUCUGGCUCAAGCUUAUGGACACUAUUUCUAAGUCGGAUUGUGCUGUGUAAACCAAGGUAGGUAUUUUAUGUUUCCAAACAGCUUCGAUGAUACCAAGCAGAGGACAGGAAGCACUGCUGACCUUCUGCGCUUGCAGUAGCCUGGUGAGCGUUGGGCUUUGCCCUGUCAAUCGUGGUCUCGGGAAGUGGGGUUUUCUGGCUUAUGACCUUGAGCCCUUUGGCGUGUGUCUCUGCGAUGCACUCUACUAGCCUAAUUUCUGGAUGAGACUUACAAUACAACUGUAGUGACUAAUUCUGUUUUGUAUGGAUG